AUGGCCGCUGCUGCCACUCCUACUGCCGCCGCGAGGCCAAGUCCUGCCCCCGCCGACUCGCGGGAAGACUCACGAUCCUCAUCCUCCUCAACCUCCCCAGCGCCCGCCGACAACGAAGAAUCCGACUUCUUUCUUGGAGCCAACGAUUCCCAGUCCAGCAUAGGGGUGCCAAACUUUCAAGAUAUGCAGGUCGAGGAUGCCUGCCAACCGCCCGUUCAUCGGUUGCCGAACGAGAUCCUCAUCAGUGUGUUUGCCAAACUCAGUUCCACCUCCGAUCUAUUUCACUGCAUGCUUGUUUGCAAACGCUGGGCUAGAAACACCGUGGAUCAACUAUGGCACCGCCCUGCGUGCACAAAUUGGAAGAACCAUGCCAGCAUCUGCCAAACUUUGGGCAUGGAGAACCCUUCUUUCAGGUACCGCGAUUUUAUUAAGCGCCUGAACCUGGCCGCUCUCGCCGAUAAGGUCAACGAUGGUAGCGUCAUGCCUCUUUCGGUUUGUACCCGUGUCGAGCGGUUGACUCUCACAAACUGCCGUAACCUGACCGAUUCCGGUUUGAUUGCCCUGGUGGAGAACAGCAACUCCCUAUUGGCACUCGAUAUUUCCAACGACAAGAACAUUACAGAGCAGUCCAUCAACGCCAUCGCCAAGCACUGCAACCGACUUCAGGGACUCAACAUCUCGGGUUGUGAAAGUAUUUCCAACGAAAGCAUGAUCACUCUGGCGACUAGCUGUCGCUAUAUCAAGAGGUUGAAACUCAAUGAAUGCGGCCAGCUGCAAGACGACGCUAUUCACGCUUUCGCCGAGAACUGCCCCAACAUCCUCGAGAUUGACCUUCACCAGUGCGCUCGCAUCGGCAACGGCCCAGUGACUUCCCUCAUGGUCAAGGGCAACUGCCUACGGGAGUUGCGGUUGGCAAACUGCGAACUUAUCGAUGACGAGGCCUUCUUGUCACUCCCCUAUGGACGAAGCUUUGACCAUCUCCGCAUUCUGGACCUGACUUCAUGUCAUCGUUUGACAGAUGCUGCUGUCCAAAAGAUCAUUGAUGUAGCCCCUCGCCUUCGCAAUCUUGUUCUUGCAAAGUGCCGGAACAUCACUGAUACAGCCGUUCAUGCUAUCUCUAAGCUUGGUAAGAACCUGCAUUACGUGCAUUUGGGUCACUGUGGGAACAUCACCGACGAGGGCGUCAAGAAACUUGUUCAGAACUGCAACCGUAUUCGAUACAUUGAUCUUGGCUGUUGCACCAACUUGACAGAUGAGAGUGUUAAGCGUCUUGCUCUCUUGCCCAAGUUGAAGCGUAUCGGCCUUGUGAAAUGCAGCUCUAUCACUGAUGAAUCUGUCUUCCACCUCGCCGAAGCUGCGUACCGCCCGCGUGUGCGACGGGACGCUAGUGGAAUGCUUGUUGGCAACGAGUACUAUGCCUCCAGUCUCGAGCGCGUCCAUCUGAGUUAUUGCGUCAACUUGACCCUCAAGAGCAUCAUGAAGCUACUCAACUCCUGUCCACGACUGACCCACCUGAGUUUGACUGGAGUCGCCGCCUUCCAACGUGACGACUUCCAACCAUACUGCAGACAAGCGCCUCCUGAAUUCACCCAACACCAAAGAGAUGUGUUUUGCGUCUUCUCUGGUACCAUGGUGUCCAAGUUCCGCGACUUUCUCAACACUUCACCGCAGUUUGAGGAUAUGUGGGACAAUGGCUGGAAUCGACCAGCAGUCUUUGGUUCACGACGCGCUGUUGCAGCCAGCCAGCCGACGGCACCUCCUGGAGAUGGAGUCGAUGACGAAAUGGUAGAUGACGAAAACGACUUUGAGGGAUUGGACGGUAGCGAGAUGGUUGUGGAUGCUCAAGCACAGAAUCCUGUCAACGGAAACGGAACCGUGAACCCCAACGGAUUGACAAACCAGACGUUCCAACAAGCUAUCCCUAUUCCUCCCCCACUUCCUGGUUUUCCAAUAGGUCAGCACCCUACAUUCUUCCAGCCGUACACCCGGUUCUUGUCUUCGUCGCCAUUCUUGCGACAAGAUCCAAGACUGUUCAGGCCAAUGUUUUUUCAGACCAGCAUUAACAACAUGACAGAAGGCGGAGUGCCACAACCUAUGACCAGUCAGGCGAGCGCAGCACCUCUUGGCCAUGGGGGCCCAGUAAAUGGAGAAUCCCCCACUGGUGCAAGCACGGCGACGAUCCACCGGCCGCAGGAGAAUGGGGAUCAAUCUGACUCGAUGAACUGA